AUGAAAGAUUUUCUGGACGACGUCCAGUACUCCAAACACGGAGUCAAGAAAUACGAGUGGAUCUUCGGAGAGGGAUAUCUGUCCACUGGCGGACUCGAGACCACUAAAGAGAUUAUACCGCUUCUGGAGCUGAAGAAAGGUCAGCGUGUGUUGGAUGUGGGCUGCGGUUUGGGUGGACACGACUUCUUUAUGGCCGAAAACUAUGGCCCAUACCACACCCUAAUCCCCAUUGAGAAGAGCAACUGUGCAGAGGAUGUGCCCAUUAUUGCCAUACAAUAUGCCUACGCUAUCCAGUUAGCGAGCAAACUCCAAACCCAUCAUCACAUCAACCAAAAAGUCUCGUUUUGGGAAUUGAGUGCAGCUAUUAUGCCGUCCACAGCAACAGUUCAGGUCCGACAGACCACCACAACCACCACAUCCAGAGCCUCAGUAUUGGUGAUCAAUACGGGAUACCUGUCAACAAAGCUGGGAAUCGUUAAACUACUGCUUUUGGUAAAGAUAUUUUCAGAUCAAAGAGAGUCCAAAUUGGGGAUUUUUUCGUUGAUUUGUUUCGUUCUGCUCCUUCUGGAUGCUGACAAGUCAUCCGGGUAUUGGUAUUUACCGCCGGAGCAGUUUUUAGUGUUGGAAUUUAUAUUUCAUUUCCUUGGAUUCGUGCUAUUCUUGAUCGGAGGCCUUUGGGUGGCUAUCGGAGCGUUCAAACACGAGAAUCGCACCGUUAAUAUCCAGGUG